AUGGCGUCCAGCCAGCCCGGAAAUCUCCAGCAGCCAGCAAACUCGAGCAACUGUGAGGAUGGCCAACCAGAAGCUGUAGAAGGAGAAGUAUGGGAUGAAGAGCGCCUUGAGAAAGCCAUGAAGACUAUGAAGGAAAUGCAUAUUCAACUUCGAGAUUUGAGAACGACACUGCCCAGGCUGAUCGCCCCGUUAACCAAGAAACAACCUUCACCCGAAACAUUGUUCCGCGAAUUUUCAGCGUCUGCGAAUUCUGCGAUCCAAGAGGUACAGGAAUUCCGUCGCUUGGUGACGUCCGACGACAGCAAGAAGGUUAUGGAGCAAGCAAGGAAGAGUCGUGCGGAGAAUCCAAAGGGCAUCAAACCUUGGAAAGCAUCAGAUCACCCAGAUUGGCUAAGAAGAGAAACAUAA